UCACCCCCUAGCAGGAGCCGCUCCAUUCUAGACACGAUCUAGCCGUCUUAGGUCUCAUGCUGGCAGGGAUUACUGGAGUAGCUGCGCACGUCGAGCGACCUGCUGUCCAAACCCCAUUUCAGCGCUACAUAAGGCAGCUGAGAGAAAAUUCUCCAUGAAUGUACGUCACAAUGAUGAUGACCGACCAAAUCCCACUGGAACUGCCACCCUUGCUGAAUGGGGAGGUAGCUAUGAUGCCGCAUAUAGUAAAUGGAGAUGGAUCACAGCAGGUCAUUCUAGUUCAGGUUAACCCAGGAGAGACCUUUACAAUACGUGCAGAGGAUGGAACACUGCAGUGCAUUCAAGGUCCUGCAGAAGUUCCAAUGAUGUCUCCCAAUGGGUCCAUUCCACCAAUACAUGUACCUCCAGGUUACAUUUCACAGGUUUUAGAAGACAGCACAGGAGUACGACGUGUAGUGGUUACUCCGCAGUCUCCAGAUUGUUACCCUCCCAGUUAUCCAUCCGCCAUCUCCCCAACUCACCAUUUACCUCCGUACCUUGCACAUCAUCCACAUUUCUUACAUAAUUCACACAACCCAUUCUACCCACCAGUCACAGGGCCAGGAGAAAUACCACCCCAGUUCUUCCCUCAUCAUCUCCCUCCCACAAUUUAUGGAGAACAAGAAAUCAUACCACUCUUUGGAAUGUCCAGUUACAUCACUCGAGAAGACCAGUAUUGCAAACCUCAACACAAGAAGCUCAAACAGAUCGAUAGACAAAACCGGUUGAACAGCCCUCCAUCCACUAUAUACAAGAACCAUAUAGGAAACUGUGCGACUGUGUAUAAUGGCAAAGCUCACAAUGGAGCAGGCUGUGGCGGAGUGGGCAGUGUAAUGGGACUUAAAAAGACCGACCGCAGGGCGCGGAGCAGUCCAAAGUCAAAUGAGCAAGACACACAAGAGUAUGAACCUGAAAUUAAGAAGAAUCAAGAAAUUUUAUCAGGGAUAGAGAAAUUAACGGUCUCUAAUAUUCAAUCCAGAACAGCUUUAGUAUCAUGGUCUCCUACCAAUGGGUAUCCAAAUGGAGAUAAAUCCAGUAAUGGUCUGUCCUAUUCCUGUAGUUAUGAGGUUGCUUUAUCAGACAAAGGGAGAGAUGGAAAAUAUAAGAUUAUUUACAGUGGAGAAGAAUUAGAGUGUCAUUUGAAAGACCUCAGGCCGGCAACAGAUUACCAUGUCAGGGUCUAUACAACAAAUAAGUCAGUAAAGGGAUCCUGUUCUGAACCCAUCACGUUCACCACUCACAGCUGUGCACCAGAAUGUCCCUUCCCACCUAAACUGUCUCACAGAACCAAGAGUUCACUCACACUACAAUGGAAGGCACCACUUGAUAAUGGUUCAAAAAUCACCAACUACCUUUUACAGUUUGAUGAGGGUAAACGAAAUAGCGUGUUCAGAGAAUGUUACAUGGGGAACCAAAGGCACUGCAAACUGACAAAACUGUGUCCAGCAAUGGGAUAUACAUUUAGAGUAGCAGCGCGCAAUGAUAUUGGAAAAAGUGAGUACAGCCAGGAGGUUGUGUACUACACGUUAGGCAAUAUCCCUCCCACACCCGCAGCACCCAAGCUUAUAAGAGCCGGAAUUACGUGGAUAAGUCUCCACUGGACGAGGCCGGAGGGAUGUUUUCCAGAAGAGGUGGUUUCAUACACGCUGGAGAUUCAGGAGGAUACCGACAGUGUAUUUCAACCUACAUACACUGGAGAAGAAUUAACAUGUACUGUGAAUAAUCUCCAAAGAAGCACACAAUACAAAUUUAGGCUUAUUGCCUCCAAUGUUGAAGGAAGUAGCAGUCCGAGUGAAAUAUUGGUCUGCACCACAAGUCCGGACCAGCCAGGUCCUCCAUCUCAACCUGCAGUUAUGGGCUCUGUCUCUGCACAUGGCUUCACAGUUCAUUGGGAUGCUCCCGAGGACAACGGUGGCUCAGAAAUACUCAAAUACCUUUUGGAGAUUUCCGAAGGGGCUUCUGAAGCAACACAAUGGAAGGUGGCAUAUAGUGGGUCUGCAACAGAAUAUACCUGUAAUGACUUGAAACCAGGCACUUUAUACAAACUCCGUGUGUGUUCCAUCAGCACAGGAGGGCACAGUCAGUGUUCUGAAAGUCAGCCUAUUCAUACAUUAUGUGUAGCACCAGGUCCUUGUCAAGCACCAAGAGUGGUAGGCAAACCAAAGCACAAAGAAGUUCACUUACAAUGGGAUGCCCCAGAAUGCCAGGUAUCCGAGUACAGCCUAGAGCUCAGUAUACCUGAAGGACAUACCACUGAGGUCUAUCAUGGUUGUGAGUUAGAGUGUACAGUCAGCGAUCUUCUUCCUGGAAGUACUUAUCAGUUCAAAGUACGAGCGUUGAAUGAUGGAGGAUACGGUCCUUACUCAGAAGCCACAGAGAUCACAACUGCAGCAGGACCACCCGCACAGUGCAGACCUCCAGUCCUGACAUUCCUCUCUGACACAUGUGUACUUAUAAGCUGGGAGAGUCCUGAAAGCAACGGUGCAGAUAUCUCAGAAUACAGACUACAGUGGGGAAGAGAAGAAGAUAUUCUAGAAUUAGUUUACAGCGGAUGUGACACUAGUUUUCAGGUGUCUGAUCUGUCACCAGCAACACAGUAUUGCUGCCAACUUCAGGCAGUAAAUUUAUCUGGAGUUGGACCAUACAGUGACCUAGUGAGCUGCAAGACCCCAGCUUCUGUCCCUGAUGCAGUGCCUAACCUUUAUUUGAUAGAUGGAGCCCAUCUAGAAUCAUAUACAAUGCUCUCAUCAGUGUGCCUACUACUGAGCUGGGAGGAACCCUGCAGCAAUGGAUCCGAAAUCACAGGGUACCACAUAAACAUGGGGGAGAAUACCAUCUCAGUAGAAAAUGUAACAAGUCACGUCAUUGAGGAUCUGCAGCCAGAAGCAACCUACCAAAUCCGAAUUCAAGCAGUGAAUGAAAUUGGAGUUGGGCCGUUCAGUGAAACAAUCCAUGUAAAGACAAACCCUCUCCCUCCACUGCCUCCUCGGCUCGAGUGUGUGGCCGCCGGACCCCAGAGCCUGAAACUGAAGUGGGGAGAAAGUGGAACCAAGUUUCAAACACUGGAUGAUGUCAUCUUCAUCCUUCAAAUAGAAGAUAAAAAUAAAAGGUUUCUUCCUAUUUACCGGGGUCCAAGCCACACCUAUAAAGUGCAGAGACUGACUGAGUUCACUUGCUACAACUUCAGAAUCCAGGCUGUGAAUGAUGCUGGGGAAGGACCGUUUUCUGACGUCUACACAUUCAGUACAACCAAAUCAGUGCCACCAACUAUUAAAGCUCCUCGUGUAACACAGUUAGAAGGAAACACAUGUGAAAUUGCCUGGGAGACAGUAUCUCCUAUGAAGGGGGAUCCAGUUGGAUACAUUUUACAAGUACAGGUUGGCCGAGAGUCAGAAUAUAAACAGGUGUACAAAGGAGAAGACACAUCGUUCCAUAUCUCAGGUGUUCAAGCUAAUAUGGAUUACAGAUUUCGGGUUUGUGUAUGUCGUCGAUGCAUCGAUACUUCCCAGGAACUCUGUGGAUCUUACAGUCCAUCUGCAUCUUUUAUUAUGAGACGGAAUGAUCUCAUGUUGCCGGAGGACCUAUCACACCUUGACCGUUCAAAACUCAAGGGCAUGGUGCCUACUGACGAACAGUUUGCAAUUCUUAUUGUUUUAGGCUUUGCAACCUUGUCCAUUUUAUUUGCCUUUAUACUUCAGUACUUCUUUAUGAAGUAAACCAUGAAGACAAGUUAGAGAUAUAAACUUAAAUAAUGCUGCACAUUAUAAUCCAUUUAUUCAAAUAUUCAUUUUUAAAUAAAUACAGACAUUUUCCGUUCUACAUUUUAUAUUCAUAUUUUUACUGUUUCAAUACAUUCUCAAUGUUUUGAUGCACCUUUUUGAAAUGUAGACCCAGGACAUAGCUGAAAUUUGUUUUUGCUACGUAGCUAUAUAACGCUAUAAACUGCAGCUGCAGUGUUCUGUUCCUGAGCUGAUUCAUUUUCAUUACCCAAAUUAGUGGUUGACUUUGUUUCUAAACAAACAGUCAAAAUGCAGAAUAAUUCAAUGCAAUCCAAACACUUGUGGCUUUUGAUCGAGCUUUGUAUAUCAAUUUGGCUUUCCACAGAAACAUGGACAUACACAGACAUUCAUGCAAAAAGGUACAUACAUGGGUACAGAUGCAUACACGCGAGAGUUCUACAUAUACUAGCUUUUAAUAAUGAAAUCUAAAUUCAAACAUUUAUGUAGAAAAUGUAUUGUGAAAUUUCAUGUAUUUAACUUGAAAUUGCUUAUAUAGUUGAUAUGAUAUUGCUAUUUUUAAGAAGGGAACUUAACUGCAUGUUUACAAACUUAAGUGAUAUACAAUAUACGCAAAAGAAAAUAGUGCCUUAAAAUUCAGUGCGCUUUAAGGCUAUGUUGUCUUCUGUAUAUGGUUGCUGGCAGUAACAGCAUGUUCAAAACCAAUGUAAUAGCAGUUGUUAGGGUGUAAAAUUUAGAAUUUCUUUGUGUUGAACCAAUGCAGCUAAUAUAACGUUCAAGCCAAAUCAUUACUUACUGUAGUUUACAGUUUAGUAUAUCUCACUGUGUGGUUUAGAUAGUUAUUAAAUUACAUAUAUAGUUAGUACGGUUGAAAAAAGACACCUGUCCAUCAAGUUCAACCAAGGAGGUGAAGGGAAGGUGUAUGGUCGGAUAAAGGGGACAGGAUGUGAAUCUAUGUUUCUGCAUAAACAUUAAUGUUAUUUUAUUCUACAAUUGUAUCUAUCUACCCUUGUUUAAAGCCCACAACUGGUCCUGCUUUGACCAGUUCCUGAGGUAGACUGUUCCAUAACUUCACAGUUCUUAUGGUUAAGAAGGCUUGUCAUCUCGGGAAACUAAACCUUUUUUUCUUCAGAUGGAGGGAGUGCCGCCUUGUCUUUGGAGGGGGUUUUAUCUGUAACAGUUUUUUCCCAUAUUCUUUGUAUUGGGCCAUUUAUAUACUUAGAUAAGUUGAUCAUAUCCCCCUUAAAGGGGUACUCUGGUAGAAUUUUUUUUUUUUAAAUCAACUGGUGCCAGAAAGCUAAACAGAUUUGUAAAUUACUUCUAUU